UCCUCGUUUGGUAAGUCGGGUGCAACGCAUAUUCCGAUAAGGGUGGCAGCCAUUUUGGCCACACUUCACAGCUCUCUCACCACACCUUGAAAUUAUACUUUCGCCUGUGAGAAAAUUAAUCAACAAACCAUGUGUGCACCGUAAUUUUAGCGGACUAACCCAUUUCCUGAAUACCUGAUAAGCAGCAGCCAUUUUGGCACCACUUCACACACCUCGAUCACCACACCUUCACCUAUGGGGAUAUUAAUUUGUGCUGGCAUAACACAUUUUCUAGAAAAGCAAUCUAAUUUUUGUGGAAGACGCAACCCAUGUAAAGUGAAUACAUAAUUGUUUAUCAAUGGCAUCCUCAACAUCGCACAAAAUUCUUGAAACUACAAUCAAGAACAACUACGAGGCUCUCAAAGAUGCGUUGGAUGUGAGUGGAAGUUUUCUAGAUCAUCUCGAAGUGAAUAAGAUUAUCACCGAAGAAAAGGUGGCGAAUUUGGGAAAGAUCGACGGAAGCAAGCUAAAGGCAGACAAAUUGCUUCGAAUUCUUCGUGAUUCACGGACCGAUGAUGACAUUCCUGUAAUUAUGACCGCUCUAGAGAUCAGCUGCAACAGUAGAGUUCUUCAAAUAUUUAAGCAGCACGUGGCAGGCGGACCCCAAAGUCAGCAUGAAGACCCAAGAAACCGUAAACGCAGCUUUAGUGGACACGAUCUAGAAGAUGCCAGGAAAAAAGCAAGAUACAAAGCUAAUAACCAAGCUGAAAUAGUUCAACAGCCGAAAAUUAAAGACGAAAUUCAGUUCUUACCAGUUCCAAAACCUGAUAAAGAUUUCACAGGUAGGACUGAAUUUAUGAGUCAAAUAAUCCAAUCCCUCACGUCAUGGAGCACAGAAAACUCAAGUCAUCAGAUCGGCUUCCCUUUUGUCGACAUACACGGUCUCGGGGGUCAUGGAAAAACACAAACUGUACAGAAAAUCGCACUAAUAUGUGCAGAACAAAAAUUAUUUUCUGGCGUGAUCUGGAUAGAUGCCGAACAACAAUCUGGAAUAAUCGAUAAAAUCACAAGAGAAUUAAAAAACCAAGGAAUUAAAGACGAAAAGACAGAAAAUGACGGGAUAUUACUUGCCAAUAAACUUUACGAGUUACUAAUUUCAAAAAAUCCACACAAAUUCCUAGUCAUAUUUGACAAUGUCGAGUCAUUUGAAGAAAUCAAGAAAUACUUACCACUUAACAAAGAUUUGAAUAAUGUUGCCGUCUUACUAACAUCGGUGGAGAAAAUUAUAAUUCAAGAUGAAAUGGGUGAAGUUAAGACGUUCAGGGUGGACAUUUUGGAAGAAGCUGAAGCUGAGGAACUGUUUCGUAAAAUAUUACAAGAUAAAGUUGAUUGCGAGCUAGAUGAGUUUUCUCAGCUUGUCUCAGAGUCUGGAAGAAUACCAGUAAUUAUCCGUGUCAUGGCAGGAACCAUCGCCAGCGUUUGUAACCAUAGAGGCUCUGCCUACAAGAUAACCCAGUAUCUGCAAGAAAUGAAGGAUAAAUCAAGUCUUCAUCUUAGAUAUCCAAAUGACCCCAAUACCAAAGAUGAUCUCAACUUGCAAUACAAGAAAAGCUUGUACGUUUGUGUCAAGAUUUCCCUGGAAAAAUUACAAAAAUCCAACCACGAGUAUGCUACCCUUGCAAUGCAUUUUAUUGAAAGAUGUGCCUAUUUCUCUCAUGAGUGUGAUCUUGACUAUUUCCUGGAUCAUGUCACCACUAUCAAACAAGAUAUAAAAGAGAUAUCAAGGAAAGCAUUGGUGCGUCUUGAACCACAAGAAAUGCUAGAAAAUGCCAGUCAUCUUCUUUCAUCAUUAUCUUUGGUCAACGUCCGACCUUACGAAUUUCGCUUUUCAAACUAUAAAAUUAAAGUAGAAAUACAUCGCCUCAUUCACAGCACAUUGAGGUUAAUACAGGAGGACGAGAAACGAGACCACGCCAUAAUUAAGGAACUCAUCGUCUGUGAGGAUUUUCCAAACCAUAAGUUUAGCACAGACGUGAAUCUGAGGGGAUACAACUUCCUGAGAGACAAGUUUUUUGACUCUACUCCCAUCGCAAUUCUUUGGUCCCAUGCAGCAAACCAUGCAGACCUGGUCAGGAAGCAUUUCAUGGAUAAAGGAUCGUUGCCAGUUAUGAUUUCCCGCGGUCUUUUUAGCCAAGUCAAACAAAUAGUUAAAUUACUAGGAGGAAAAAGCGCAGCCAAGGAAAUAAUACAGAAAGGGGUAGUCGGUCGAAAUGGAUUGCAAUUUGCCUUACAAAUGGAUUUUAAUGGACUUGGACGUGGUUUUGUACGACUACUAAAAGACAACCGAGGUGAUAUUGCCAAACCACUCUUGACCGACGUGAUAACAGAGAAUUUAGGUUUUUGCGUAGAAUGGACAAACGUUAAUGUGGUAACCUUCUUGGAGAAGGAGUUCGCAUUAGACGAGGAUUUUUUCACAAAUGUGAUUUACCGAGGUCAUUCUUUACUUUGGCUAGCUAUAUUUAACGCGAAAUUGGACAUUGCGAACUAUUUAUUGGACAAGAAUGCAAAUCCAUGUAUCAAACACACAGGUGGGGUAACUGCCUUACACAUUUGGGCAAGUAGGCUUUAUGAUGGGGAAACGGAACCGGCGAAUAUCCUGGCAACCCGAAUUGUGUCAAAAUGUCUAGAAUUAAUAUACCAAAAGGAUCACUUUGGAAAAAUGCCGUUUAUGACAGCGGCUGAGCAUGGAAAUCUGAAUGGUCUCGAUUUUCUACUGAGCAAUAUGGAAGACCCAAAUUCUCACAUUAAUUGUCCCGAUAAGCAUGGAAAUACUGCUCUGAUACUUGCCAUUAAAAAUAGGGGACCAAGUUCUUAUGGGGGACCAAUUUCGGAAGUCAUCCAGGUUUUGGUAAAGCACGGAGCAGACAUUCAUUACAUAAAUCCUAACACUUUAGAGAAUGCGUGGCAUUAUGCAAUUAGUUGGAGCAAUUUAGAAAAACCCGAAUUAUUAUUCUCUCUACUCAAAAUCUUACUAGCAUAUGAGGUUUCAUCAGAUUUAUUAGAUAAGAAGGGCCGUACAUUCUUUCAUUCGAUUCUGAUCAGCAAUGGUCUCCUCAAGCUGAAACCCUAUAUUACCGAGUUCUUGGAGUUCUUCGUUUCAAAUAAUUUGGAAAAAACUAUUUUAUUGCAAAAACGGAGAUGGUCUAACGGUUUUGGAACUUGCUGAGAAACUCAAAAUGAGUACAAGUAGUAAUGAUAAAAGUUAUUAUGACUCCAUGUCUUUGAAUGAGGAAUUCUUUGCGGCUAAUAGUAAUAUUUUAUUGGACGCUGGGACACGCUCAGAUGGGAAAAGUUCCACCGCUGAAUCCGUUAAGAUGCACGAAUGGGACGUUACAAACACUGAUAAAUCUGCAACAUUUUUUAGUGAAAAAAUGCGAAGGUUGCAAAUGGAGAUGUACGUGCUAGAUGUAAUUAUUGAUUUCACUAAGAAAUUAAAAUAAAAUAAGAGAAACAAUAAGAUUUAUGUACUGAUAGCGUCUUCAAAAAAAUAAUACUUAAUUUAUGUAAUUUACCUCUUUGCGAAUCAUUUGGCAAUUAUUUUAGUUCGUUAUGGCAACAAGUUUUACAUGCACUCUAACUAUUUUGCAUGUCUUGUCAUCGUCAUCAUGGAUGUUAAUUUGUUUGUCCACUUAGAUAUGUCCAGGCGCGCGUUUGAAUUGAUUGAUUGAUUGAUUAAUUAAGCUUUAUUCAAGUGUCUACCAAGUUCACAGUAACAAACCAUGCUCUUCCACAAGUGACACAUAAAAUAUAAACAAAUAUGUAACUAACUAAAACAUUCAAAAUCUACUAUACAUUUCUUAUCCAUUCGCCAUAUCAAACCAUAAAAAUUGUAUGUAAAAUCAACACAGGAAUCCAAAUUGUAACCUUAAAAACGAUUAAUUAUGAAGGGAAACAUAUCUAACCUAUUCCAUAAUCUUCAAAUGUGUUCAUAAAUAAGUCAUAUUUUUUUCUAAAAAGCUUAAUUGUAGAGUACAUUUCAUCAUACUGGUUUCGUAAAGGAAUCAACCUUCUUACUAGUUUAAGGUAUUUGUUCGGUUUAGCAGUUUUUGGUUUACAUUCAAAAUCAGGAAUACAAUUAGGACACGCCCAGAUUUUAGAGAGAAAACAGUUAAAAAACGACUGGGCCGACAUGGACAAAUUGCACCUGUUUUUGUGGAAAUAAUUAAAACAAUAAACACAUUGAAGCAA